UAUGAGUUUGAUGAUGAUGGGAUUGAGGGGCUUAGGCUUACACUAAGAUUUGAAAAACCGCAAAUGUUGAAUCACAGCAAAAAUAUAUUUAACUGGCCUAACCCGCGCGCCGGCCUAUCCCUCUCCUUCAGCCGCUCUCUCUUUUCUCUUUUUCCCUCCUCUCCUUCCGCCGCUCUCUCUUCUCUCCCACCCCAAAACCGCCGCCCCAACCCCAAGCAGACUUAGAUUGAUUCCCCCAGGUCUACUAGUUAUAGGUUGAUAUAAAGUGAACUCUAUCCAUUCCCAAACCCCCGGAGGAGAAUCAGAGGUGGUAGGGAGACCCUCGCCCAAAGACCUCUGAUUUCGUUUUUUGAAAUGGAGAUCAAGUUAGAUGGAGUAGAGGGUUCGUUGGUUUUGAUUAAGCAAGGAGCUGAGGCUAGAGUGUUCGAAUCGACUUUUGUUGGCAGAAGGUCUAUUGUUAAGGAACGUUUUUCAAAAAAAUAUAGGCAUCCAUCAUUGGAUUCAAAGCUCACUGUCAAACGUUUGAAUGCGGAAGCUAGGUGCAUGACGAAAGCUAGAAAGCUUGGAGUAUCAACUCCAGUUCUCUAUGCUGUUGAUCCUUUGCUGCAUACCUUAACUUUUGAGUUUGUUGAGGGUCAGGCAGUGAAGGACAUAUUCCUUGACUUUGGUUUGCAAGGUAUUGUUGAAGAAAGGUUGAAUGACAUCGCAACACAGAUUGGUGAUGCUAUUGGUAAACUACAUGAUGGUGGGCUGGUCCAUGGUGAUUUGACAACAUCAAACAUGUUAAUCCGGAACAGUACCAAUCAGCUGGUGCUUAUUGAUUUUGGUCUGAGCUUCACUUCAACCCUUCCGGAAGAUAAAGCCGUUGAUCUAUAUGUUCUCGAAAGAGCAUUGCUAUCAAUGCACUCUUCAUGUGGAAAUGUGAUGGACAAAAUCCUAGCUGCAUACAGGAAAUCCUCAAAGCAGUGGUCCUCAACUUUGAACAAGCUAGCCCAAGUGCGACAAAGAGGAAGAAAACGCACAAUGGUUGGUUGAGCUCUUCAACUAUCUAUUCUGGACGAAGAGAUGUAUUGGAAGGACUGGAGGCACUUGUUGGGCUUGUAACACUCAUCUUUCUUGCACUUCUUUUCAAGAUCAAAGAUAGAUCUUAUUUAUUGCGAAUUAUUUGUCCUCUCUGUAUUGUUCAUAUUGGUUCUUGCUUAUUAAGAGCAAAAUAUAUGCAUCAAACAUUUAUCCCAAGUAAAUACCUUAGCUCUUCGUCAGUUUAAAUUUUGAUUCUUUUUGGUUCCUUGAUUGUAUGUUAAGCCAUUGUCGCCCUAUCAAAGUGGUCUCGAUGAAUUUCUCUCCAGA